AUGGUGUCGCAGAUGGAACUAGAACCCCAUAAUACCGUUGUGAGGAGGGGUCCUUCGUCGGUUGCGAGUUCGUCAAGGAGACAUGGGAGAUCAAGUCGACAUCACAGGAAUGGAAGCUUCGUCUCGAAUGAGUUCCCAGAAUUUACGCAUACUGGCGAUGUGGAAAUACUGGUGAAGGCGGGCUCGAGAACGAACCGGUAUCUGCUCCAUCGACUCAUGCUGACCCAAUGCUCUGGGUUUUUCGAAGCGAGUACAAGUCAACAAUGGUCGCGAGCAACAGAGGAGCCGCCAAGAAGGGAAUUGGCACGGAUUGGAGAAGAUUCUGGAAAUGAGCUGGCGCGAAGAGAGGUCAAGAAAAGAUGGAUAUACGAGUUGGAUAGCGGAACUGGGAAGGAUGAUAUACCUAUGCUGGUACAGAAGGAUAACACCACCGCCUCGAUUUUUGGCUCAAAUGAUGGCCGGCCACCUAUUCCAGCGACUCGAAGCAAGCCUCCGUCCUCCAACCCAUCAUUCUUUCGAUCAGUAGCCAAUCUCAGCCUCUCACAUGCGCCAGUACAAUCACCAAUCUCACCCGAAGACCAAGAUCUCCUCACGGAUUACGAUAAUCUAUUCCGCAUUUUCUACAACUAUCCUCCCGCACUCGACGCAAUCGAUAUAGCUUCAGCCUACAUCCAGUGCAAAUCUCUCCUCACCCUCGCGGAUCUCUACGACGCUCUCUCCGUAGUCGGGCCCCGAAUCGACCACCACCUCCUUCAAUUCCAAUCCCGCCUCUGGAAACAAAUCGCCAAAUACCCUCCCUCGUACCUCAAACUCGGCUAUCUCGCCCAAAGCAAAACCAUCUACCAAGAAGCCCUCAUCCACGUCGUCGGUGCCUGGCCGUCAGGUGAACGACAUAUCCGCCACCAACUUCCCGACGCUGUCCUCGAGGUGAUUGAGAACAAAGUCGAAGACCUAGAAGACAUGGUCAGUCGAAUCGAGAGCAAAUUAUUCAGACUAUGUCUCGUGACGAGUCGAGGCGAGAGAGUGAGCCCGCAUAACUCCUACCUUGACUGGCUAGUCAUAAGUCUCUUCAAACAAUGGCUCAUUGACGCAACCUCUCCUCCACCACCACCAGCACCGCGCACCAACCCUCCUCCUUCCAGAUCCUCCCACACCCAUACACGACACCCAUCUACCCAUUCCCCUACUAUUUCCGCCACGCACUCCAACGCCCCAUCUACCCCUCCUCUUUCCACUCUAGGCCACACAUUCCGACGCCUAGGCUCCGCAUCCCCAACAUACCUUUCUCACGACGAAUGCAAGCGGUUCCUGAAACUCAGUCCUGAGUUGUAUUCAAGAGAGAAUUUGAAGAGAUUUGAAAGGAGAAUGGACGAAGUGAAGGGUCUUGCACGGGAGAUUGUGAGACCGUUGAUGAGGUGCGGGUUGCAGGGGGGACCGGCGGAGGGGGUCACUUAUUUGACUUGUACGCGGGUUGAGGAGAGGGAUUUUGUGUGGUUGGAAUAG